UUGCUGAGGACUUAGCGGAGGAGACGCCGAGGCGAUGGCAGCCAAAGCGGGAGAGCUCAAGGUGCCCUUCAUCCGAGAUGACCAGCUCACCCGCUGCAUGAGGCUGAGAGUCCAGAGCCUACAGCAGAAGAACGAGAAGCCCCAGGAUGGGGAGAAGCUGCUGCGUACCAACGAGCACAUCUAUCGAGUGGAUUUCAUCCAGCAGCACGACUUGCACUUCCUCCGCUGGGAGAUCCAGAUGGAGAGACCUGGGAAGGUCACGGUGACUGGUACUUCCCAGCACUGGACUCCUGAUCUCACCCACCUUAUGAACCGACAGCUGCUUGAGCCAGCAGGCAUCUUCUGGAAGAAGCCAGGGGCCAAGGAGGUGGAGUGCAAUGAAGCAGAUGCCCAGGAAUUUGGGGAGCGGCUAGUGGAGCUAGCCAAGAUCCGCAAGGUGAUGUAUUUCCUCUUCACUUUCAGCGACGGUCUUGAACCAGCUCAGCUGAAGGGCUUUGUCGUGUUUAAAGCCUGACCCCCUCUUGCUCAUCCCACCUUGCUCUCACUAUGUGUUUGUCUUC